GCGAUCAUAACAUAGUCAGUCAUUCGGGUAUAAGGCAGCGAGCGAAGCUGGACUGGAAAAUGACUGCAGUCAAUAUCUUCUUCACGCUCUUCUUUGGUCUUUCAUUGAUAAAUUGGAUAAUUUGCCAGAAAAACGAAGAAAUAGACCUAAAAGCGGCCAAACAUUGCAUCCAGUUUAUGACGAAGGGGAUGGAAGGGAAGAAGUGGCUGGAGACAAAGAAUAAAGUAUUCAAGCUCAUAAAUGACCUACCAGAAAGAAGUGAAUUUGUUUUGAUGGCAGUCGGGAAAAAGACCAUACCUCUGCUGAGUUUUACAAAGGCAGAGAGUGACUGGGAGCAAUCUGUUCUGAACAUGACAAUUAUGUCAAAGCAUGACGGACCUGUUUUGGGGCUUAGUUUGGAGAAUAAUCUUCAAGAUUGCUUUCCUGAUAUUAAGUCGCCUUAUUAUAUUCCAUCAAAGCCAGAGAUUUCCUACAUUUUCACCCUGUCAUCUUCGGACAUUCUUGGGACUUUUGACAAUCACAAUAAGAAGUCAUAUGUGAUAUUGAUGGACGAUGGAAAGCUGAAUGUGUCCAAAUGGUUACAGAUGGCAACUAACAACCAACACAUACUAGGUUCAGAUAGCUUUAAAACACUGCCACAUUGGCUGACUAAAGAUACAUCUCUGAUAUGUGACAUAGACAAGUACUACAGUAGGGAUAGACGGUGUGAAAAGUGUGGAGAAGUAUGUUACGGUGACGGUCCAAACCCCCCGUUUUGUAAUGAGCAGGGAAAACAGUGCUCAUAUUACCUACAACAUCUAAAAGAUGCCUGGGAAAUGAAGUACGUGACCAAACCUGUAGAGCCUAAAUCACUGGAAAUCCAAACUCCAACAAUAGGAGACAGGCCAACACAACCGGUUCCCCAAAGCUUCAAUCAAAAACACACUUACUAUAUUUUGGCAGGGUCUUUUGGUGUGAUCCUGGCUCUAAUUACAAUUGCCAUAUGUUGCUACAAAAAAUACAGAAGUGAUCAACAACACAAACGACAAGGUCAACAUAUCUAUCAUCCUAUAUGGGGAGAAAUUGUUCCGGAAUUGGAGUUAAGGAAUACAUCCAGCCCACAGGCAGCUACGAUUUCAGACCAACCGCUUGUUACCCCUAUCCAGCCAACAGCCCCUAAUGCUGACCCGACACCACCGCAUACACCGUCUCCAACCCAUACACCAUACCCACCCCCAGGAUUAACGGACAACUAUCUGCCCAACACCCAGCCUGUUAAUGAAGACAUGGCUGGAGAUGAGCCAUCUGGCUCACAGAACAUAGAAUUGGUUGAUGAUGAUAUACCAAGACUUAUAAGAAAAGCUGAAGCCUUAGAUGGCAUUCCUUUUUGCAAUCUUCAUUAAAGAGCCUUAGAGGAAGAUGGACAAGAUUUAAAGAUAGGUAAAAAGUUAGUACCGUUAUGAUUAAAAAGCAGAAUAGAAUGCUUUUCUCUGCGCUAAGAAACCAGGACCAGUUGUUGUUUUAUCUUGGUUCAGGUUUAAGAUGAAAAUUAUUACUGAUAUAUCUGUAAUAAUGGAUGAUACCCUAGUAGUCCCAUAUCUGUUGAUCUCUGUGAUAUUCUCAUAAACUUUAUGAUAAAAAAAAUUGAUGGGAUACAAAGGAUGAUUUUUAACAAGUUAUUGUUGUAUAGUUUUAGUUAGGGCUUUUCCUGGAAAGCAUAUAUAUACCCCACAGGGGAGGCAAUUAUUUUUAUAGUAAAUGGUUUGGUGUCUCUUUUUGCAAAUUUUUUGACACCAAAAGAUCAAAUUUGCAUAUGUAGGGGGGUGGCAUAAUUAAAAAGUGCCUUCCCCCGGGGGUUUAUAUGUUUAAAUGGAAUAGCCCCUAGUGGCCACAGUAAGUAAUGAAAGUAUUAUUAAAUUUUAUCAUAAAAAAUAUAUAUAUGAAUGUACAAAAAAAUAAAAUACAUAAAAUGAAAAAAAAAACACAUAAAAAACAUACUAAAACCAAAAAAAAAGUACAUAUAGUCGCAUCUGUGUGAUUGUUAGCUUAUCAGUAAGUGAGAUGUGGUAUUUUCAUUCUCAUAUUUCUGUAGAUCUAGGAAGUUUCUCAUUGGUUAUCACGAUUGUUUUACAGCCUGCCAUUCCAUUAUUUGGUUGAACUCCAUAAACUCAAUGCUAUACAUGACAUUCCAAUAUUUUUACAUGCUUAAGAGAAACUACAUAUAUUCGAAAUCCCAAACAUUUUUUUCGGUGUGAAUGAGUAGAAUCGAAACUUCCUAGAUAGCAGACCUGACUGUGGCCAAUGCCUAAUGUUUGUUCCACACUUUCUACAAGUUUCAGAUAUCAGUCUGAUUCAAAGCAAUACUUGGAAAUGACUCUCCUUGAUAGCUUCUUUAUAUCAAUGGGAGGUUUUGAAAUCAAACCCUUCAAAAAUGUAGAAAACCCCCCAUAUUAGCAAAGAGCAAGAUUAAUGUGCUAUACAAUGCAAUUAAAAAUGUGUGAGAGCAAAACUUUCUUAAUAUACCCCUAGGCAGGGAGUAGUCCCAUGUAGAAGUUGCCUAUGUCUUGCCACAAUUACUGCCAAAUGGAUUGCAUUUUUUAUAUGAAACUUAAGUAUGCCUGUCAGCAUGGGCUGCUGUGCACCUGUCAUAACUGAAACAUUUCGCUUGGUCUUACAAGAGUUAUUGCCCUUGACUAUGUAAAAAUGGUCUAAAGAAUCUUGAGUUGUAUGUUCCUCCAAAAUUAUUACACCUGCACACAAAAAACUUUAUAGGAAUGCUAGUCAGCUUUCACUCUUGAAUUCCACAACUAGAUAAUGUACCCAUUCUGUGUCCAGACAUACCCAUUCCUGUGUCCAGACAUACCCACUCUGUGUCCAGACAUACCCAUUUCUGUUUCCAGACAACUUUGGGGGUAUACAUCAUGACUGUGAUAGCUCAUGUUGUGAAUGUGCAACACUUAACUUGUAGAAUUACAGAGCACUAUGGAAAAGCUUGUCAUGUGGAACUUACCAAAAUUCAAGGGUUAAUAUGGCUGUCACAUUAUGACAGCAGUUCUGAUCUCAUGCCAGCACAAAUUUAUCAAGGCUAAUAGCUUGUAUGGUUUUAUAAGAACAGGCUAUUCAAAUGAAAUUUGGAAUACAUAUUACCAGACACAAUAAGUACAUGUAUAUUAAUGCCCAUAACUCUUAUAAUUAUCGAGUUAUGCCCCUUGUUUGACUUGAAAAAUAACCACCUUCAAGUGUUGGCGUUUAUCCUGUGGCGCUUUUGUUAAAUUAUCCAUUACCUAUUCAAUGUGAAGCCCAGGCCCUAAGUUCUUGAAACAUCCCAAGCCUUCAAAAACAGGAUUAAGCUAAGCUCGGUAUAAUUGAUUUGGUUGAAUUUGUGUAAUAUUUACAUUUUUAAGAGUUUUUGAAUUUUAAGGUAGUAGGAAAUCAUAAUUAUGCUAAUGAUGUGAAACUUAUAUUUAUUUAGUUAAAUCAAGAUUAAGACAUUCAGCUUUAUGAAAUAUACUACUUAAGCUUGAUAUGCUUAAGAACUUUCAAGGUAUUGGGCCUAGUUCAGUGCAUAGUCAAAAUGAAGGUCAUUUUUAUGGACAAAAAUGCAAUAUUGAUAAACUUCCAAUAACUUUUCAGAUUUGUCUAACUUGCCCUACUGAUCUUACCCAAAUGUGGGUUAAAUAGCUCAAGCCCCACCAUAUUGCCCCUAAUAUUUUUCUAAAAAGAUCAGUAAUUGAAUAAAAUUCAUCUGCAUGCAAAAAAUACAAAGUGCUAUUUAAAGAAUGGUGAUCAUUUUGCAAUACUGACAACUGGGAUCCCUGGACAUUGGAAUGGAUGUUUCAUAAACAAAUAUGAGUCAACCUGAAAAGUACAAAAAGUGUGGAGCAGGCAUUAUGCAAUUACAUAUAUAUCAUUUUAUGAUUGUCGUGUUUUGAACAUCAAUGUUUAUUUAUGCCUGAAACAGUCAAUAAGAAUUGCCUAAUUAUGUUAAGACAUGUUGAAGAAUUCCUUUUAACAUUGAUUUGAAUGUUGUUGAUUAAUUUAAGCUGAUGAAAUUUUAAUAAUGAAAUAUGAUUUUCAUAAUCAAUUAUUUUAGAUAAUUAUUUUAAACUUGGCAUAAGUAAACAUUAUUUAAGUGUGAGUCAUUUCUUUUUAGAUUGUAUACAUGUUACUUAAUGCAAGAGUGUGAUGCUUGUUUAAAUGUUUGUUUCAAAUGUUGUUUUGCACGCGUGUCUGCACAUUUCUUCUCUUUCCUGACUGUUUCUCUUUAGUUAUUAGAACUUCUCUCUUUUCAUCAAAAAUACAAAAAAAAUAAAAAAAAUAUAUAUAAAACUUAUUUACCGGUAGGUAAUUGUAUAGAGUUGGGAGAUCUCAGAAAAUGCCAUGCACAAAAGUGCUGUUCAAGAUACUUUUUUUUCAGUAAUUGCAUUUUAUAUUAACACAAGCGAAAAUGGGACGCGGACGCCGACGCCGCCACCGACAAAAGUAACCCCUAUAUGUCGUCUUUUCAGGCGACACAAUAAAUUGAUUUAUUCAUUUUAACUUGUUUUCAUUGAAAUUAGGGGACGUUGAAAGACCCUACAAAUCAAUGACAGUCGUUAUACUAUCUUGUUAUGAUAAGAUAUCAUACAUGUAAAAGAGGAUUUCUUCUUGAAGAAGGGGUUCAUGGAUCUUUGAUACUUGUCCAAAUAUUUAUCAAAACUACUUUUCUUAGUUGCUUGACCAGCACAGAAAAUCUUAGUUUUAGUUUGAAUUUAGUUUUAACAAAGGGGUUGUGGGUUCGUUACCAACCUUAGGAACUUUCUCAUGGCCUCAAAAAAUGGAUGACAGGCUCUGGUUUCUACCGAGGAAAUGGACUCCAGCUGCGUGAUGAUUCUUUAAGCUCUCAGCCUCGUCACAAUUGAGUUGAAAGAAAAGAUAAUAAACCAUACUAGUCUUUACAUACUUCCUUGUUGAAGUAAUUAAAAACAAUAUAUUGAAAUAUUAUGUGUUGGUCAAGCUUUGUGUCUGUGUGGUUUGGCCACUGCCCAGUGUCCCGGUCAAGCCUUAUUAGUCAACACUCCCGGCUCAUUCGUCCCUGAUAUGAAAAUGUUUCAUUUAAUGACAAUACACCACUGUAACAGUGGAGGCAUUACAAUAUAUAAAAUAAUUUAGUAAGUUUUCUGCACAGAUUUUAAAUUUAACGUUUGUUAUAUGGUUUGGUUCUCUUAAAUUGUUUCAAAAUGAUUCCUGAAGAUGAUUUUUUUUCAAUGUCAUAAAAAAUCCUUAGCAGAAUGAUAUUAUAUGAAACAUUAUACAUACCAUGUAAUGCAACACUUUAACCACAACUGUAAAUAUAAUAUUGAAACUCGAAUCACAUCACUUGAGUUUAUUUUAAAAAUAUUUGACAAUUUUUUUUUACCUUUUAAAUGCCAAGCUGCAUUUUUUAAUAUAAAUAAUAAUUCAAAAUUGUAGUUGUCAUCAAAUACAUGUAUAGCAAGAUUAAAGAGUAAAAGUGUUGCAUUUUUUAUAAGAACUAGACUGUCAGAAUUCCAUCAAUUUGAAAUUAUAUUUUUUGAUAAGUUACAAGAGGGGACAAAUCAUAAUCAUUGAUAAAUGCUACAAAAAAGAAACAUUUUCUGAUAAAUAUAUGAAAAAACAAAACAAAACAAAAACACCAACAUUACUUAUGUCUUCUGACAGUCUGUUACUUGUAUACGAUGAAUGAGCUGGUGACUACGACCUGGUUGCUUGACCUUGACCACUGGUCAUCUGUCUAAACCACAGGUGCUCAUGUGUGCAUGGCAAUCCUAGCCCAUACUAGCCACUGGCUGAGGUGCCCUUUUACGAAAUGAUCCGUUGAGUCUGGAUGCAGAUGAACGAAUUGCAGCUAGCACUGUUAUGCCAUGUUUUUAAAGCUGCACUCUCACAGAUAUACCAUUUUUACAACUUUUUUAUUUUUUGUCUUGGAAAGAGCAAAUUUUUGUGUAAAUUUCUGCAAACCAAUGAUAUUAUAUUGCUGACAAAAAAACAGAUCAUAGAAAUUCAUAUUUCCAUUCGAAAAUUAAUGUUUUAUAGCUUAAACUGUUACUAGCUGUUUAAGAAAAAUGAAUACAAAAUCAAUUUUUGAACUUAAAUAUAAAAAUCUGCGAUCUAAUUUUUUGUCAGCAGUCUUAUAUAACUGGUUUCCAUGGAUUUUCGUAAAAAUUGGCUCGUUCCAAGACAAAAAAUAAAAAAGUUGUAAACCAGUCAGUGGAUAUUGGUGCUGUUUCUGAGAACUCAGGAAUUGAUAUUUCCCAAGAUAAGUUCAUGAGAUGUACAGGGGUGGGGUGAACUUUCUUGAUAUUUUAUUUUCUGUUCUUUCUAUUUAACUAUCUUUCUAACUUCUCUUUUUCAAUGAGAGUUCAUAUACAAGUAUGAAAGUAUACAUGUGUUUAAAAUCUUCAGUGUUUUAUUGUUUUUGUGAUGUUUUGCAUUAGUACUGUUAUUAUAUAUAUAUAAUCAUUUGUUUGAUGUUAUGGAUUAUUUGCUUGAUUCUUGACUCUUUCUUGUUGCUUUGCACUGUCUAUACACCGGCUUCAUUUGUUUUAAUAUUCUUUUGUAAUGCUUAUGUUUUUAUUGAGAGUUUUAAGUUUGUUGAUGUUUUUUUAUGAAUGAAUUUAUUUUAAGUGUUAUAAUUUGUAUACUUAUUACAUAAUUGUAAAUAUUCACCACUAUGUUAUGCGGUAAAUUGCUUAUUUAAAAUUGUCAAUAUUUUUUGGAAUGAGUUUAUAAGUGUUAAUGUCAUAAUGUUAUCCGAUUUUGAAGUCUGCUUGGUCUUUCAAUUGUAAUGUAAUAGCUGUUCUCCUUGUUAAAAUAAGUGUCAUAAGAGUGCUUGUGUAGCUGAUAAAAUGCUCAUACAUAUCAUCCUAUUUUAUUAUUGUUAUCUUCAUAAUUAUUUUCUGAAUACAGUUCAUUUUUUUAAAUGUUAUAAUAUAUGUAGAUUGUUGUACAUUAUUUUUGUCAUAAUAUUUCGAAGAUGUAUUAUUUUAUGAUGUUCAUGUAAAAUAUUUUUAUGUGAUAUUGUAUGUUUUACGAUGGCUAAUGAUUAUUCUAUAAAUAAUCAUUUAGAUGUUAUCUCCAGUAGGAGGUGCUUUAAGACAUUUUACAUUUUAUUAUGUAAAAUAUUUGUUACAUUUGUAUGAUACUGCUUAUAACAGACGUUUUAGCAUGUAACUUUAUCUCUACUGUACCAGCAUAGCUGGUAAUAUAGGGGGUGUAUUUUGUACAAUUGCCAGGUUAUUGUGCAAUACAUCAGCAUGUAUAAAUUCAUAGCAAGAAGAUAACAUGUGAUUCAUUGUCAUACCAGUGAGUUCUGUGUGAUUCAUAGUCAUUUGUUACUUGGGAUUCUACCUUGGUAUUCUAAAAGCUAAAUUAAGUAUCGUAUUGGUUUUUUUCUUUUUUUUUAGUGUAUAUUUUAGGAUUUUCCAUUAGCUUAAAUAUAACAUUACUAAGGUUUUCCCACAAUUUCCAACCCAAAAUAGUUUAUAAUAAUUGCUUUUUAUAGCUUUGUAACACAGUAUUUUUAGAGCCAGGAAAUGGUUUGUACAAUUUUCUGUUGAUGCUAGGCAUACUGUUUUGUUGUCAUUUAAUAGAAUAGCCCAGAUGUGCUAUACUUAGUUUAUUGCCUCUAAGUUCAAAUACACAUGAGCGUUUUCAGGAUUUUAACAUUGUGAUAGUAAUUAUUCCACUUGUUAGAAUAGUUUUAAGUUGGUCAUUGUUACAAUUUUAAUAGUUUACUUUUCAUACAUUCUUGUACAUUCAUAUCAUAUUUCUUGCUUCAAUCUUCAGAUGUCAAUAAACUUAUUUACAUGUUAAUAUUUCUGUCUGACUUUCUAUCAUCAUCAUUAUCAUCAUCACCACCACCACCACCA